GCCGAAAGCUCAAUUGGGUGCAGAGUUGGUCUUCCUCUCCUCGGGGCUAAAAAGAAAUCAGCUGGACAUGUUUGGGUGUUUGACUGUAUAUACGCUUGUUAUCUACAUCGCCUGAUUCAAGACUGCAUAGGAUAUGCCUAAUCAGACAUCUGUGGCCCUUUUUGCAAGAUCAAGGCUCGCCAUCUAUGCUUCUCUGAAAGACGUGCAUAUGCAUUCCCAACCCUCUGUUUGUGGCACCCAAAGCAUGGCUCUCGGCGUUCUCACCCUAUAUCAAGCCUAUGGUUAGACAUGCGAUAAUGCAAAUACGGCGGACCUCUCUCAUAUGAACCACUGUAAUAAUGCUGAUAGCACAAUAGAAUACGAUUGGCUCCAUUACACAGAAAACACAACACAACCUCAGCUCGAAUCAAUACCUCAGCUAUGAAACCGUUUACGUAUUUGGCUUCGGGAAUCCUCUCUGGAACGGCUUUGGGAUAUACACUUCCGGUGGAAGUGAACACCAUGAACCACCAAAAGGCGGACGAACGCCCGCCAGAAUCUCCCCAAGCGUUUGAAAGUCUCAAUAUCCAUAACCAAGACGGAGAUAAAUCGCCCGUUGGGUUUAAUCCAGUUCUACAGGCUCAACAACCAUUUCCCGUGUGGUUGACAGAGGUUACUGGCUUGACCGAAUGGCCAGGUCUCGAUCCUCCCUAUAUUCCUCUCGAUUUCAUCGAUAUGAAUGCCAUUCCAAAGUUCCCAGCCCACGACUUUGGGGUAUGCCCACCCGUCCGAGACAGCUGCUCGUUCGAUUGCUACAAGUGUGUGGCCUUCGAUGACGUUUACACGUGUCCAAAGCUAUCGCAAACCUUUGACGAUGGUCCCUCCCCUGCCACACCCAAGUUGUUGGAUCACUUGCAGAACCCCUCCACCUUCUUCACCUUGGGCACCAACGUAGUGCGAUUUCCCGAUGUCUACCUCCAGAUUAUGGCCAAGGGGCACGUUAUGGCCUCGCAUACCUGGGGCCACCGCUUCUUGCCAGCAUUAUCCAACGAGGAUAUUAUUGCCCAGAUCCAGUGGUCGGUUUGGGCCAUGAACGCCACAGGAAACCAUUUACCAAAGUGGUUCAGGCCACCGUACGGAGGUACCGAUGACAGGGUGAGGUACAUUGUACGCCAGUUUGGCAUGCAGUCAGUCUUAUGGGACUUGGACAGCUUUGACUGGCAGUUGGUUUCGAAUGAGCGCACGGAGACCGAGAUCUAUGGGGACGCAAGGGCCUGGGUGGCGAAGAGGCCCAAGUCUGGAUUGAUAUUGGAACAUGACGGGCUUAUUCGGACGGUGAAUGCGGCGAUAGAGGUGAAUAAGAUCAUUGGACGCGACCAGUUGACGGUUCCUCAGUGUGUUGGGGGUAUAAACUAUAUCAAGGAGUUUAAAAAGUCGUGGUGGCGGACCCCGUGGUGAGGUUGAAAAAGAGACAGGCCUAAGGGAUGGGGACUCAAAUCUUUACUAGCCUCGCCUAAACUGUAAGCAUUUCUGAUUUUUCUAUAAUUUUUUUUUUUUGCUUAUUUGACUUA